AAUGUGCUUUGUUUUCAGUUCCACAUUUCUUAAGUGGCCUUCAAGUACCCCACGAACCGGCACUGCGGCACACGACACGAGACAACCACUUCUCUCUCCCCUCUCGCCUCCGCUUCCUUCUCUCCCAAGUCCCAGCCCACUUCGCGGCCUCCGCCGCCUCCUGCCGCAGGCGCGCGGAUUCGCAGCCAUGGCGCCGUCCAGGCACGCGGACGAGGGCGGGCAGCUCCAGCUCAUGGAGCCCGACAGGGUCGACGAGGAGGAGGAGUGCUUCGAGUCCAUCGACAAGCUGAUCUCUCAAGGGAUAAACGCAGGAGACGUGAAGAAGCUGCAGGAUGCCGGGAUUUACACUUGCAAUGGCCUGAUGAUGCAUACCAAGAAGAGCCUUACAGGAAUCAAAGGUUUAUCUGAAGCAAAAGUUGAUAAGAUCUGCGAGGCAGCUGAAAAACUUCUGAGCCAGGGCUUCAUGACAGGGAGUGAUCUCCUUCUUAAGCGGAAGUCUGUUGUUCGGAUUACAACUGGGAGCCAGGCACUUGACGAGCUGCUUGGUGGAGGGAUUGAAACACUUUGCAUCACAGAGGCAUUCGGGGAGUUUCGGUCAGGGAAGACCCAGUUAGCUCAUACUCUAUGUGUCUCCACUCAGCUUCCAAUCCACAUGCAUGGGGGAAAUGGGAAGGUUGCCUACAUUGACACUGAGGGAACAUUCCGACCUGAACGUAUUGUGCCAAUUGCUGAGAGAUUUGGGAUGGAUGCCAACGCUGUUCUUGACAAUAUCAUAUAUGCUCGUGCAUACACCUACGAACACCAGUACAACUUGCUCCUGGGCCUUGCUGCCAAGAUGGCUGAAGAACCUUUCAGGCUUCUGAUUGUGGAUUCUGUGAUUGCACUAUUCCGUGUUGAUUUUAGUGGCAGGGGUGAACUUGCAGAGCGUCAGCAAAAGUUAGCACAGAUGCUGUCCCGCCUUACCAAGAUUGCUGAGGAGUUCAAUGUUGCAGUGUACAUCACCAACCAAGUGAUUGCUGAUCCAGGUGGUGGCAUGUUCAUAAGUGAUCCAAAGAAGCCAGCAGGCGGCCACGUGUUGGCACACGCUGCCACCAUCAGAUUGAUGCUGAGGAAAGGCAAAGGCGAACAACGUGUCUGCAAGAUUUUCGAUGCCCCUAACCUUCCUGAGGGAGAAGCAGUUUUCCAGGUUACUUCAGGUGGAAUAAUGGAUGCAAAGGACUGAUUAUCCGCUCACAGUGCUUCCUGUCCUAAGAUUGUUCAGGCUUCUUUAGUAAACUUCGCAACAUACAUCGGUACAUCGAGAAAAGUUAAAGUAGUAUAUUACUCUGUUUUAUCUUUAACAUAGGAAAUGUAGGCAAACUCUAUGAUGCUUAGGCCUCCUACUGGGCAUUUUUCGCAUGGAGUUUAGAUCAAACCAAUUGUACUGAGAAGAUAUGUUUUCUUAUGAAGUGAAUAAAUUACAGUGUUCUUGGCUUCCCCAAAGCUAGGCAGAGACCAAUUGUACUAUGCAACAUGAGCAUCCAACCUGAAAAAUAGGAAAUGAAUUAUGUUCAGAAUAAGCAACUCCCGUAAUGGUAGAUUUCUGGUGGUUGCUCAUGCCUCCCAUGUACAUACU